AUGGAUGCUGUAUCAACGUCCGGUCAUACCAGAAACGAUCAGAAUCAAUCAAACGCGACUGAAAAGGUCCACUCAAAAAAGUGUACUUGUGCCAGACAUCCCACCAAAUGUUCUCGACGCAAUUGCGAUUUGUUUGCUUCAAUUGAUCAAUUAAGCACUCAACUCGAUCACAUCCACUGUUCAGCCGACGUCCACGACAAAGAAUUGGUAAAGACCAAACUCACCCGGAUAGAUGCAGGAGAUGCUGAUUAUAAUACAAUCUCGGCUAUUUUUCAACAAAGAGUGCCUACAUCGUCCAUACGAGCCAUUUUGAGGAUACAAAUGCCCCGGGAAAAAACCGUUGCGUUUUCCGAGUACCUCCGAAAAUCCAACCAGAUAGUCAAUCAGAUGUAUCAUGGCACUAGGGGGGUCUGUAGUCUCGCAUCGUUACUGAACAGAUUGGAACCCAAUUGCAUGUCUGGGUGUGGCGUGUGUGGUAUUAUUAGAGAGGGAAACCGUAGUAUGUAUUCGCGUCAUAAUGGAGAUAUGUGGUUUGCAAGCUGUCCGAGCGUGUCAAUCGGAUAUUGUGGCGGGGCGGGUCCCACGAUGAAAGCUAUUUUUGUUGUCGACGUUGUCGCAACACUUAAUAAUGGUGGUGUUAGCAUUGUUCGCUACGACAAC